AUGCGAGAACGUUGGAUAAACCAAGCGUAUCACCUUAUUGAGCAGAAUGGGGAAGUCCUUUUCAAGGAUGUAAGUAACUUUGUCUGUCGCCAAGCCAAUAUCGCUUCUUUGCCAGUUUUUGGGGAUAUUUGCGACGUCACCACCAACGACAAGAGGAACCUACCUAACGCCAAGAACAUCUUGUCGAUGGCUACUAAUGCCGAACCAGAUACUGGAAACGGCGUCAACCAGAGGCCACCCAAAUCGUGCUUGUCCUGUGGGAAGACCAAUCACAACUUAUCUCAGUGUUCCGUCUUUGCCAAACUGUCGAAUCGCGAGAAGAUGGAUCUCUUAUUUCAGAACCAAGUCUGUUUCGGAUGCCUCUCCCAGGGUCACAUUUCAAGAAAUUGUACUCAAAGGCUGACUUGCCUGGAGUGUGGGAAAAGUCAUCCCACUCCAUUGCACUGGAGUGACAGGGACUACUAUCAAAAUAGGGUUCCAGAGAUUGAUGGGUUUGGAAUGAGCGAUAAAGGCCUGAAAGACUCCACGUCGGCCUGUUGCUUGGACUCAACGGUAUUGGAGUGCGAGAAAGAGGUCGGUUCCAACCCCAAGGUGGCUCUAGCAUUAAUCCCCGUCAAAGUUAGGGUCAAAGGUCAAAGCAAGAGUGUGAUUACCUAUGCCGGAUUGGACAAUUUUGCCACAGAUUGUUUCAUAUUAGAUGAUCUGAUCAAGGAAUUGGGUAUUCGUGGAGUCUCGAGCCAAAUUCGGCUCACCACAAUGAAUUGCCAGAAUCAACAAACCGCGACGAUGGCCGUUCAAGGCUUGGAGGUGUUAGAUUUGGAUGAAAACGAAAACAUAUGCUUACCAACCACAUUUUCUCGGAAAACAUUGCCAGUAACAAGAUCCGAACUGGUAACCAAAGAUGAAUUGAAGCAUUGGGCCUAUUUGACGGACGUUCCCUUUUGUCAUGUGGAAGCGAAUGUGGGUCUGAUGAUCGGGGCUAAUGUUCCACAAGCAAUUCGACCCCUAGAAAUAGUGUCAGGACCAGUUUUCGGACCUUACGCGUCCAAACACCAUUUGGGAUGGGCUUUAAACGGACCUCUAUCCACCCAACGGCGAAACAACGUCGUGAGCGUCAAUCGAGUUAGCGUGGAAUGGAAUGACAUUGACGUUAAGUUACGUCGCAUGUACAAUUCUGAAUUUGAGGAUUCUAACCAAGAUGAAAUGGGACCCUCAAUCGAAGAUGAGCAGUGGUUGAUGAAAGUCAAGGAAUCCAUUACCAAAGAUGACGAAGGACAUUAUGAAAUUGCGCUGCCAUUCCGAGAUGAGAAAGUCUCAUUUCACAACAACCGUAAUCAAGCAUUGCAACGCCUUGAAAGUGUUCGAAGAAAGUUGAAACGUGAUGAGAUUUAUUCCAAUGAUUAUUUUCAAUUCAUGCAAAACAUGUUUGACCAGAACUUUGCCGAAGAAGUUCCCGAGAGCGAAUUGAGGACAAAUUGGGGGCAAGUUUGGGAAAGAAAGGUGGCUGUGAUGGCCGACAUUGAGAAAAUGUUUUAUCAAGUGAGGAUUCCAAAAGCCCAAUCCAAUUUCUUAAGAUUCUUUUGGUUCAAAGAUGGUGAUCUCAACGGAGAUCCUGUAGAAUCCCGGCUUCGUGUACAUGUUUUCGGAGCAGUGUCGUCACCCAGUUGUGCAAAUUACGCUCUCCGACAAAGUGCAUUGGACAAUCAACAUCAAGCGAGCUCAAAAACCAUCAAGGCAAUUGAAAGUGGGUUUUACGUCGACGAUUUUGUGGUUUCUGUGGAAGAUUCUGGGGAAGCCCAGGCUAUUCUUUCGGGGGUGAAAAUGAUCUGUGUUUCGGGUGGAUUCAACCUAACCCAAUUUACCUCAAAUGACAGAGACGUCUUGAGCUCCAUAGAUCGGUGCGAUUUAUCCAAGAUGGUACGAGACUUGGAUUUCAGUGAGGACGAUCUGCCAACGGAACGAGCCUUGGGAGUCACAUGGUGUGCCGAGACAGACUCAUUCGGUUUUGAAGUCGCGCAGCCGUGUCAACCCAACACCAGGAAGGGCAUUUUGUCUUCUAUCUACGCGAUUUUCGACCCUUUUGGAUUGAUUGGACCUGCAAUAUUACCGGCUAAGCAACUACUACAAGAAAUGUGUAAAAGAGGUUGUGAUUGGGAUGAAGAUGUUCCAAUAGAUCUCGGUGAUGUCUGGAAUCAAUGGAAGAGCGAACUAGACCUCUUAUCUAAAUAUCACAUCCCAAGAUGGAUAGGCGUGUCCGGGGAGGGCAUGAUUGUUCAACUUCAUACCUUCUGCGACGGCAGUGAAGUCGGAUAUGGCGCGGUGACUUACAUGCGCGUUGAGCUGAUCUCGCCAGCAGAGGACUGCCAAUACGUGAUUUCAUUGUCAGUGACCUUUGGAAAUCGGGUCCCUCUUUCCUCAAGGAAAGUAAAAGAAUGUGGCCGAGAGCAGAAGACCUCUCAGAGUUAA